GUGUCUACUAAUUGGUUUACAUCUACGAAAGAAUCAAAAAGAGCCGAGACUCUUCAAUGAAGAAGAUCGGAAGAGACGGCAUUUGUAGAAAACAUCGCUCGACGAUCGUGAGGUCAACUUUCAAUGGGAUGACUGUACAGUAAAUGAAUCGAGCUCGAUCCUCGCGAGCAUAAAUUAAAUAUAAAAAUAUGUCGCGACGAGGCACUCCACCUAGGAACGAAGGUGGUCCUGAUCGUCAGGAUAGUCCUAGAACGCCACGUGGUGGCCGACUUCGAGAUAGGGUGAACUUUUUCGAACAAGUAUGGACCGGUGGUCGAGGCUCACCAACAAGUACCGAUGAACCUCCAGAUGAAGUCGAUUCCUCGCGUGCUCGUGUCUUUCGUUCAUCGUAUGCAAGACCAUCGUCAAGGACCAGCGAUUCCUCCUUCGAAGAAAGUUUCGAGAGACUUAUUGAAGAGGGUGAUCUAAAUGGCGCUAAAGUCGUCAAAUUCGAGAAGGUCAUCGUUAGAAAAAGUACUAGAGAAAUAAUCUCGUCGACCUCCAUAAAUGAUCCUAACGUUUCUACAAGUGACCCGAUCGUAUUCCCGGAAAUGAGCAGGACACCGAGCGAGGAACACGCCCUCGAAGACUCCGCUUAUCAGAGUCAUAGUCACGGUGCUCAAAGUCAUGGUGGUAGUAAGUCCAGCUCGGUAACAUCCUUUACUAAAUUUCCAUCGGAAGAGAAUUUCUUUCAAAGAAGAGACAGCAAUUGUCAACAUUUUUCACCGGACGAUCGACCACCAUCCGUUUGGUACGCGGAAUAUCGUAACCAGAGUUUUCAGAAUGUCGCUGCUAGAAUGGAACACCUACGCAGCAGGAGCCAAUACGAUGCGCAUAUCGCUCAGAUCAAAGAUGAACAAGAACGUGUACAGAAGAAGACUUUUGUUAAUUGGAUCAAUUCUUAUCUUUCAAAGCGAAUUCCGCCCUAUCGUGUAGACGAUUUAAUUGAGGAUUUGAAAGAUGGUACUCGUUUACUCGCUUUGUUGGAAGUUUUGUCAGGUGAAAAGUUGCCAAUGGAAAAAGGCCGUAAUCUAAAAAGGCCUCAUUUUCUUAGCAAUGCAAAUACAGCUUUACAAUUUUUACAAAGUAAAAAAAUUAAGUUAGUGAAUAUAAAUUCAUCCGACUUAGUCGAUGGACGGCCUCCGGUAGUGUUAGGCUUAAUAUGGACCAUCAUUCUAUACUUUCAGAUCGAAGAAAAUACAAGGGCUUUAGAGUAUCUUGGCCAAACUUGGGGUAGUCAGAGUAGUCUUGAAAGUCUUGGAACUCAAGGUUCAGCAGCCAGUGAACGAAAACGUAUCAGUAGUGAAAAAUGGAAACAAGGUGCACGAAAAACUUUGCUCCAAUGGGUUACUAAUACUCUUCCCAAAGAUAUUGGUAUACAGGUGCGUGACUUUGGUGAAAGUUGGAGAGAUGGUAACGCUUUCUUAGCUAUCAUCGACGCUAUCAAAUCAAAUCUGGUAAAUAUAGCAGCUAUGAAAGAAGGAACGAACAGAACACGAUUAGAAACAGCUUUUGAAGUAGCUGAAGUAGAACUUGGUAUAGCUCGUCUACUAGACCCUGAAGACGUUGAUGUACCUCAACCGGAUGAAAAAUCUAUAAUGACAUAUGUUGCACAAUUUUUACAUAAUUAUCCAGAUCCAAAAAGUACAAAUGUAGAUUCUUUUUCGUCUAUAAAACAAGAAUACGAUGAUCUUCUUAAUUGGCUUAACGAUAGAACAAGAUAUCUCGAACAACUUGAUAGAAAUAAUUCUUUUCCACCCAAUUAUUCGGAAUAUAUUUCAUUCAAUGAAGAAGUUGAAGAAAAAAGAUUACUUUACAAAAAGCUGCAAGGUUUAGUAAAUACUCCUUCAAUAAUAAAUAUCACACGUGAUUUUUUAAAAUACAUACAAAAAUUAUGGAAAACAUUGGAAUUAUUUAUGUUACAUUGGAUCUGGUUAUUAGAUUCUACAUUACCUGGUGAUUUAGGUCUAACAGGUAGAUGGCUUGCUCGUGCAGAAUGUCUCUUGAAUUCGGAUGAAGAUAUACCCGAGGAAAUGACCGAAGAAACAGCUAAUAUUAUUUUGGAAAAAUUAGAAGAUCACAAAAAGUUUUUCUUAGAUUCACCAACAAUGGCUGAAAAGUUCGAACAAGCGAAAAAUUUGCCACUUGCGCAACAAGUUUUACGUGAACAAAUCGAAAAUAUGACGAUACGAUUUAGUAGUUUACCAUCAAAAGCUGCAAAGCGAAGGAUCAAAUUAAAGUUCCUAGAACACAAAUGUUGCCUUGUUGCUUUCCUUUAUUUAGUAGAAACGAAAUUAAAAGGCUGGAACAUUAAAUAUGGUACCGAGGAAAAAGUUCAUCAAAUAUUGGAACAGUAUAGAAAUUUUGUUUCUAGAAAUAGAAUUUUCCAAGAAUUUCAAAAGGCCUAUUUAGAUAUGCAACAGGUUGUCGAUGAAUACAAACGUGAUGGUGACAUAGAUAAGGAGGAAUGUCAAGAAAUAGAUCGCUUUAUGCGAGAAACUGGUGAAAAGUGGAAAAAUGUAUCUGUGGAUUUAAGAUGCGUACAAAGCAUGCUUGAAGAAGUUGUUGCUUAUUGGCGUCGAUGGACUAUAGGAUCAGACGAAUUUGAAAAUUGGUUGCUUCGUGCACAAUCUUCCUUGAAUUUGCCAGAAGAAGAGAAAAUGGAAUUCUUUCAAGAUAUUAGUAUCUGGAAGGAUAAACAUCAACAACUUUCAGAUACCGUUAGUUUUCUAAUAGCUACUUCCGAAGAUUUCGUUGCUCUUAAUCUAAAAGAACGUUAUAUCACUCUAACCAACAAAUGGGAAAACAUUUUCCAAGAAGCCAAACAAUAUAUGCAUGCUGGUGAUCUAUUAAGAAAUAGAAAGGAUUACAGAGUAGGGGUUGAAACUUUACAGAAUUGGUUGAGAAAUGCAGAGUCUGCUCUUUCGACUUCACAGUUGACUUCUACAGAACGUAUCAAAGCCUACGGAGAAAAACUUCAAACGCUUCAUAACGAGGUUGAAGAUAUAGAAGAUCUUUUUAAGAAUAUCAGUAGAAAAUUCCAAACUCUCAUACAAGAACUAUCUCGUGAUGAGGUCGAUAAAAUGAUGAAUACACUUAAAAAAGAAAAAGAAGCUUUGGUAAGAGUUCGUGCUUUGAUACCUAUGCAAUUGCAUUUAUAUCAUCAGCUUCUGGUACAACAAGAAUCUUUGGAAGCUGGUAGAAAAGAAAUAUCUACAUGGUUGGACGAAGCUGAGAGAUUAUUGAACAGUAUCGAUCUUUCGGGUGGUAGAGACGCGAUCUUAGCUCAAUUAGAACGACACAAAACAUUUUUCUUACGAACAUUAUAUUACAAAUCAAUGCUUGAAUCCAAGAAUAAGAUAUUUGCUAGUAUAGUUAAAUCUGUGGAUAAUAGUGUUGAUACAGAUGUCGAUACAGAUGAAAAUGGUUUAACUUUGAAAGAAUUAAAUGAACGAUUUGCUAGAGUCUGUCAGUUGGCACAGAUGUGGGAACAACGUCUUCAAGAAGUAAUAAGAUGUUUGACGAAAUUCAAGGAAUGUGAACGACAAAUUUCUGAAUGGUUAUUAUCUGCCGAAACACUUCUUAACGAUAUACAUAUUGACAAUCGUUCGUCCGUUGAAUAUCAUAAGAAUUUCUUCAGUAAGGUAAAUGAAAAAUGGAUCCAAGAUUUAAUAAAUACUGCACAAGAUUUCAGAAAUGUUUUACCAAUUGAACAACAAGCCCCCAUUACUGAAACUGUAGAAAACUUACAAAAACGUUGGAAAGAAGUACUUACUUUUGCACCGCUUCAUCUUAUGAAACUAGAAUUUCGUUUGGAUGAAGCAACGUUGCUUCAAUAUCUUAAAGAAAUUGAGAUGGAAAUUAAUUCAGAACAACAAGCUCUAAUUCAGAAUAAUGAUAUCGAUAGUAUACUUCAACGAAAUAAAGAGUUUUUUGUUAAUCGUGGUGUUAUCCAUAAUGUUGAGAGAUGCUUCCAGACAUUAAAAAAGAUUAGCAACACCUUCAGCCAGCUAAAACCAAAUGAUAAUAGUUUAAAUCAAGAAAUUGCAAGAACCGAACAUUUGUGGACUGAGACUACUAAGAAAAUAGAUCAUCUUAAAGAGCAGCUCUAUCAGAUUCCUCAACAAUGGGCUGCCUACAGAAAAAAAUUCGACGAGAUGGUACAAUGGAUGGACCAUGUUGAUAGUAUCCUGAAAACUAUUUUACAUGAAGUGAAUACUUUGGAAGAAUUUGAAAAAGAGAAAGCUGUGUUUCAGAAAAUAUGUAAAGAAGCUGAUAAUCAACGCGAAGAGAUGAAGUGGUUAGUUCAGACAUUGGACGCACUUAUCUCCAAUCGUUUAGAUCACGAAGCAAUUUCAGAGCAAAAGAAAUUGGAACAGCUCAUCAGCCGAUAUAAGAAUUUAAUACCAACGAUAGAAAUUACAAUGACAAAAACAGACAUCUAUUCGAAAAGCUAUACGUACAGAAAAGAAGUUCGAGAAGUCUGUACUCUUUUGCGCAAAGUACGAGAACAAUCAAAGAAAGAAAUUCCAUUUGCACAUCUUGAAAAUCUUCCAUCUGCUGUAGCUCACCAAGAAACGCGUCUUCAGCAACUAGAGCAAGAAAGAGCCAACAUCGUUAGCAUGUUACAACGUGGGAAAGAUCUUUUGAAAGAUCAACAUGCACCUACCUUUAUAUCUUCCGAAGUCCAACAAUUAGAAGUUAACUGGAAUGAUACAUAUGGCCAAAGCAUAGAAACUUUGAAAUCUUUAAAGAAUACACAAAAAUUAUGGACUGCUUAUGAAGAACAAAAAACAGAAGUUCUAAAACUUAUGAAGCAAGCUGAAGAAGAAUUAAAUAGAGUUAAAUCAAGCGUUUAUAGUGACGCUGUACAAAUGUCUGUUGAUCUACAGAAUAAACAAGAAUUUAGCUCAACUUUAGAAAAAUCUGCUAAAGAAAUGAUAAUUAAGUUGCGCGAUAUUCAGUCUAAUUUAUCGGAAGUAACACCGUUGGAGAAAAAAGAAUUUGUGGAAAAAGAAAUUAUAGAGACAGAAAAGAAAGUGGAAACUACGUUGAAAGUGUUACAUAAGACGGUUAUGCAUCUUCAGGAAUAUAAUUCUAAAUGGACCAAAUUCCAAUCAAAAUUUGGAGAAUUACAAAAUUGGACUCAACAGCGAAUUCCGCAAUCUUUAGCGGAAAUUGAGAAUUAUACUAUAUCUCCUGAGGAACGGCUACAUAAAACUGAAAACUUACAGAAGGAAAUUCAUGAAAAGAUACAAAUUCUGAAAAUUCUCAAAGAGGAAUCACAAACACUCAAAACAGAUGAGACUGAUGGUGCGGAGUCCAAACAUUUGGAUAAGGAACUCGAAAGUCUUCAAAAAAUGGUAACAUCGUUUCAAGAAAAUAAUGAAAUACAACGGCAGAUAGCUGCACAAAAUCUUGCUACAUGGAAAGAAUAUGAAUUAGGAAUUCAGAAAGUGAAACCUUGGGUUGAAGAGGCAGAAUCCAAAAUAUCAUCGAUGGGAAAUAAACCUAUGAAUUUAGAACAAGCUAUCAAAAUGUUAGACAUUGCGAGAACUUUCGAAACUCAAUGUCAACAACAACUUCCUCAAGUUCAAAAUCUUUCAAUAAUUAGUCAACAAAUUACAAAAAGAAGUGCUGCUCCUGAUGAAGUUGAUGCUAUUUAUAGGAGAUGGAACGUGGUUCACGAUAUGGCUAUACAAAUAACGACAAAAUUGGAUAAAUUAGUUUCUUGUUGGAACAAUUUCGAGAGCGACACUAAAGAAUUUACUGAAUGGUUGCAAAAAAGCGAAAAAGCUUCUCUUGUUGUACCAAAUAUUCAAACACCAGAAGUCAAUAAGCUUGAGCAAGAAUUGGCUAAUCUAAAAAGCUUUAGUAAAUCUAUAUCCGACCAUCAAGCUCAAUUAAUAUCUUUGACUCAAGUAUCUGAUCAUAUUAGCCAUGGUUUGUCUUUGGAAGGUGCAACUAAUUUAAAAAAUCGUGUGUCAGAUUUAAAGUCGCGUGUCAGUAAGCUCGCUGAAACAGUACGACAUCAAAUCAAUCUCGUUUCUGAUUCUUUAUUAGCAAGACAAGAAUUCCAAAUGAAAAUAGCAGAUUUUGAGAAUUGGAUGGCAACAUUAAAAUCAAACAUUACUGAUAUCAAUGAAGUGAACAUUGAUAAUAUUGAUACUACACUGCAAGCUAUUCACGCUUAUCUUCAAGAACAUUCGGAGAAGCAGCCAAGUUUCACAGCUAUUUAUGACGAAGUUAAACGUCUCUCUACACGGGGAUCAAAACAAGAAGCCGCAGCUUUAGAUGAGAUAUACGUUUCCUUAGCAGAUAAAUACAAAGACCUAGAAGAUGAAUUACAUCAGAAGAAAAAAAUUUUAGAGAAAUGGAUAGAGUUGAUGAGUUGGUAUAAUGAAACUACAGCUCAAUUAGAAUACUAUAAAUACGAGGCUGAAGCCCGUAAACCAAGCGUCAAUGAUUUAAACAGACUUGCUUUAGAACUACAAGAUGUACACUCCAAAUUGAAUACAUGGAAGGAUCAAGUAGGUGAUAUAGACAGCUCUUUGAAAGUGCGUAUUCGUGAUAAACAAGAGAAUCCUCUUACAGCUUCUGCUUUAGUUAGCGAUUUGGAAGCUAAAGCAGUCGUUUUAGAAAUGGAAUUAUCAGCUAAACGUGAAAAAUUGGAAACUCUUGGCGCCAGAUGGGAUAAUUUCAAAAAAUUACAAGACAAAAUUACAGAAGAUAUCUUGAAAACUCAAAAUAGUUUACAAGAAAUUAUUGACAAUGUUGAUUCUUGCGAUCAGUUAGCACCAGCAGUAGACAAAAUUGAACAAUUGAUAGAAAUACAUCAAGGAAAAGAACCUGACAAACAAUUGCUUCACUGUGAAGCUGACAAUCUCAUGCAGGAAGAUCAAAGAGCCAUGACUAACAUUCAAGUUGUUUUGUCUUACGUUGAUGCCAAUUGGGAAAAGGUCUGCGUACUUCUUCAAGAACAAAAAAAGAAAUAUGCUGAAAUGGACAAUGAUUGGAAACAAUAUCAAGAGGCAGAAGAAAGAGUACAAAAAUUCAUGAACGAAUCUACUUUAUUAUGUCAAAGUGUGAAAGAAAUUCCUGAUGACAUAACGCAAGCAACAGUAGCUUCGGAUAAAUAUAAAAGAGCAUCGGAGAUUUUAAAGAAAGGAAAACAAUUUUUGGAUAAAAUGGAAUGUAAGGCUCAACAGAUUAUGAAAGAUGCUUCUCUUUUACCCAAUUUCAAAUCAGAUUUAGUAACUUCAAAUUUUAACGAAAAUCGAAAAAAAUAUCAAGAAACUUAUAGUAACAUUAUUGACAAACUUCAACUCUAUGAAACACAAUUAAUUAUUUGGAAACAAAUAGAAGAAGCAAAAUAUGAAUUAACACGAUGGCUUACUGACACGAACGAAGCACUUACAUCUGCUCAUGAAUGUUUACUUGAUUCUGAAAGUAGUCAAAUGCGAUUAAUAAGAUAUAACGAGGAAUUGCCAGCUCAUUUACAGUUUAAACAAGGAAUUAUCACCAAAAUUGAACAACUAAAGAAAUUAAAUAAAAAUACUGAUAUACCAACAUUAGAUGCUUUAAGAAAUUUGUUGGAUGAACAAUUUAACGUUGUUAAAGAAGCAGCAGAAAAAUUAAAAUCAUUGACAAUGACUUUGAAUGAAAAGGAGAAAAAUAUUAGAAACGAGAUCGAAAAAUGUAGCGAUUUAAUAUCUAAAAUUCGCGAAGAGAUUAUUAAAUGCGACGAUUUAACUGGAGAAAAUACGAAAAUACUUGGUAGAAUCAAUAAAUGUCAAGAAUUAAAAACUAAGCUCAAUGAAUGCGACUAUACUUUAUCAAAAAUCGAAGAAAAUCUUACAAUAACGACAUCGGAAUAUCCAACAAUAUCCAAGUCUUCUUUACACAAGGAACUUCAAGCUUUAAUAUUACGAAAAGACGGUGUUAGUAGUCAUGCUGAUAAAGUAAAUGCAACGUUAGUAGCAUUUUUAACGAAGCUAUAUAACGAGAAAUUUGGAGCUCUUCAACGAAUGGUAGCAAUUCACAAAGAAAAAGUAAUUUGGUGCGAACCAGAACAAAGCAGCGAUCGUUAUAAUCUUGAAGUGAAAAUGGCUUCUCUCAAGGACGUGGAAAUUGGUAUUGCUGAUUGCGAAGCAAGAAAAGAUGAUACUGAUAAUUCAUUAAAACUUUUAGAAACUGUUGAGAGUCCUGAAAUCACGAAUGUUCUAAGAAUCGAGCGUGACAAGAUUGCGGUAGAAUUGGAAUCUUUAAAAGCAAGUUAUAAAAAGAUCAAAUCUGUUUUAGAAUAUAACGUUUCCUUGUGGCAACGUUAUGAAAAUCUAUCUGAAAGCGUAGUCUCCUGGUUAAAGGAGAAUGAAAACAGAAUAAGAGCAGAAGCUUCUAUAUUACUUAAUAUAAACGAAAUGGAAAACAAAAUUAAAGAAAUCAAGCAAUUACAAACUUCUGUGAAGGAUUAUCAUACUGUUUUGCAAAAUAUAAUUGAUCUCGGUGAGGAUAUUAACAAAGUUAGUCCUGAAUCUCGUGUUAAACAAUACGUAGGACAUCUUGAUAGCCGAUACCAAUCUAUACUUAAAUUUUUGUCACAAUAUUUGGACAGAUUAUAUGAGCUAAAAGAAAGUAGAGAUCAAUAUACAGCAAGUGUUACAGAAUUACAGUCUUGGAUAGAGAAUGCUGAACGUAAAUUGAAAGCUUUCGAUGAGAUUAGUGGUCCUAAACCUAUGACAUUUUAUCAGUCACGAUUAAAGGAAUUAAAGAGUUUUGCAGAAGAAAGAGAAGCUGGUCAAGCCAUUAUGAAUCAUACAGCAGAAUUAGGUGAAACUCUUUUCGCAAGAAUUACCCCUGAUUGCAGAGAGUUUAUUAGAACUGAACUCAGAAAUCUACGUAAUCGUGUUGAUACUUUGACAGAUCAUGCUAAUGUUAUCUAUAAACGAAUUGAAAGUGAUAUGAUGCAUCGAUCAUCCUUCGAAGAUAAAUAUUCGCAAGUGAAGCAAUGGGUGAUCGAUGCAGAAUCUAAAUUAGACGAUAAACAGAUGCUUUUACCGAAUCUUCAAGAAAAGAAGCUUGCACUUCAAUCGUAUAAAGCUAUAGCGCAAGAUGUUAAUGUUCAUAAAAAUAUUUUACAACAGCUUCAAGAUCGUCUUGGCAAAACUCCGGAUGAUGAAGCUAACGAAAUGCUCAGCAGUGUUGUUGUAGCUUACGAGAAACUUUCAAGGAAUGUAGAAGAUCGAAUUAGAAUCGCUGAUAAAUUUGUUUCGAAUCAUGAAUCUUAUCUACAAACCUUUGAGAAGACACGCGAUUGGAUUAACGCGAUAAUUAACGAGACUGCACCUCUUAUCGAGGACCUUCCUGUUGAACGAGACGUUGCUAAAUCCAAGACAACUUUGAUUAAAAAUGUAUUACAACAGAAAACUGAAGGAGAUCGUAUAUUGUCUGAUUGUAAUCAACAAUUAAAUAUUAUUCUUGAACAGACUUCGAUUCCUGGUCAUGCUGCUUUGAUCAAAGGUUUCGAAGAGCAGAAAAAGAAUUGGAAAGAUUUCCUAGCACGUUGUGUAGCGACCUCUGACAAGUUAAAUCAUUUUUUCAAUCAAUGGUCUGAAUUUGAGAAAGUCGUUGAAAAUCUAGAAGCAUGGACGAAACAAAUGGAUAGUCAAUUGAAAGAUCAAAGUUUGAAAAGUACGGAAGAAGCUAAACGUAUGCAUUUGCAAAAGUUGAAGAACUUAGAAGAAUGUAUAGCACAGAAGGGUUCAGAGUUUAGUUCUGCUAUAGAGAAAAGUCAAAGUAUUGAAGGAAGUUCAGAUUUAUCGACAAGAAUAUCUCGACAAGCUACGAAAUAUCAAUCUCUUAAAAAUCAAGUGAAAGAAUCAGUAUCACGGUACGAACAAUUUGUAAAAGAACAUAGUACAUUCAAUGAAAAAUAUAACGAAUUGAUGAAAUGGAUUACUGGAGUUCGAGCAGAAUUAAAGAAGCACAGUGAAAUUGUAGGUAAUCUUUCACUGCUACAAAAUAGACAAAAGGCAAUUCGAGAUCUUAGUGAUACGCGAACUAAAGAAAAUGCUCGUUUUGAAUCUAUUAUUGAUCUUGGAGAAAAACUUUAUUCACAUACAUCGCCCGAUGGUCGCGAAAUAGUAAGACAACAGUUGAGAGAUUUAAGGACAUUAUGGAAUACAUUUUCAGAAGAUCUACAAUCUGCUACACAAAAGUUGGAUCAGUGUUUGAUGCAUUUCGCUGAGUUCACGCUAUCUCAAGAACAAUUAACAGCUUGGCUUCGAGAUGUUGAGAGCGCUAUGGAACAACACACAGAAUUAAAAUCUUCCUUAGAAGAGAAGAGAGCUCAGCUCCAAAAUCAUAAAAUAAUGCAUCAGGAAAUAAUGUCGCAUCAAACUUUAGUCGAGUCUGCUUGUGAUAAAGCACAACAACUUAUCGAUCAAACUAAGGAUACGUCUUUAAAUAUUUAUUUGCAAACAAUCAAGCAACUUUUUCACGAUAUCGUCGCUAAAUCUCAACAUCUCUUAGAGAAUUUAGAAGAUUGCGCUGAGAAACAUCAUUGCUUUAAUUUGCAAUGUAAAUACUUCUCCGAUUGGCUUAACGGUGAAAAAGAAAAACUGGUUGAGUGUAACGAUAUUACUGGUGAAAAAAGUGAAAUUACUCGUCGUCUAACUACACUUUCAUUGUUGAGAGAUAAUCAAAUACAAGGUGCAGAACAUUUUGCAAAGUUGAAGCAACUUAGUUCAGCCAUGAUGAAGAGUACAGCUGCGAAAGGACAAGAACUUAUUAAUAAAGAAGUAUGUAGUCUCGAAAAAAGUCUUUCUCAAUAUCUGACUGAUAUUGAAUCUGUGGAAGAAAAGCAAAAAGUUGCUUUAAGAAAAUGGCAAGAUUUCGAGGAUCAGUUAGAAGCUCAUACACGAUGGUUCUCUUCAAUGGAGGCUAUUUUCAGAGAUCAACAACUUCAACCAACUUUGAAUGAUAAAGAAGCUCGACUUCAAGCUUUCAAAGAGAAACGAGACAUAAUUUUGAAACAAGAACAAGAGAUCGAUGCAUUUGUUGAUAUAUCUCAUAAUUUAUUGCAUUCCAGUGGUCUCGAACGUAUUAAAAUCUUGAUCUCUCAAAUUAGUUACAGAUAUCAAUUACUUCAUACAUUUAGUAAAGAAGUAAUCAAUCGUUAUCAAACUAGUGUCGAUGAUCAUCAGACUUACGAAGAUAAAUUGAAAUCUAUCGAUGUAUGGCUUACUCCAUUAGAACAAAGUUUGGCUACUUUGAAGAGAGAAGACAUAGGUGGAAAUCUUGAAGCAAAAGCUUUAUGCUUGCAAAUGUUAUUAGCUGAAAAAGAACAAGCCGAACAUCGUUUAUCCGGAUUAACAACAGCUGGUGAAAGAAUCUUGCCAGAUACAUCAGCUCAAGGUCGAGAAAUUAUCCGACAUGAAAUAAGACGUGUACGAGAACGAUGGGAUAGUCUUGCAGAAGGUAUUGUUGAACAACAAAAGAAACAAGAUGCUCAAUCUUUACAAUGGUCUACCUAUCAAGAAACUUUGCAACAAACGCUUCUUUGGUUGAAUACUAUGGAAAGAGCUAUAAAACAGGAUCCACCAGUAAUGUGGCCUUCAUUACAAGAGAUCAGAUCAAAGUUAUUGAAGAAUAAAACCUUACAUCAAGAAAUCCUUGCCCAUAAACGUAUUAUAGAAGGAAUUUCCGAAAAAGCCUAUGCUUUGAUUCAAGUUGCACAAGCACCGUCAGAUAUUCAAGAUAAAGUAACUUUGGUUUCCGACAGAUAUGAGAAAUUAGUAGAUAGAUCGCAAAAAGCGAUAGCCAGUUUAGAGGAAUUUCUUGAUAUAUUCCAACAAUUCCAAGAUCUUCAACGCGCAUAUCAGGAUUAUCAGAAACAACAGUGGGAACAAUUAACCAGUUAUAGCGAUUAUACAGCUAAUAAAACUACCCUCCAGAAUAGAUUAGUUAAGGUUCUCGAAAUACAGGAUAAGCAAAAUGAAGGUGAACUGAAAUUAAACGUUUUGGCCGAGCAUGUCUCACAAAGUGCAAGCAGUUUAUCACCAAAAGUAUAUUAUGAAUGCAUGAAAAGAGAUGUUGCAAACUUAAGAUUUGAGAGUAAGAACUUUGCGAAUGCAGUUAGCGAUGUGAUUAGUUGCAUAGAAGAAAGAAUACAACAAUGGAGUGAAUAUGAAAAUUUGUUAGAACAACUCAUUAUUUGGUUGGCCGAUGCAGAAACAUCAUUGAAGAAUUAUUCAUUAAAAAAUACGAUUGAAGAAAAACAGGAGCAAUUGGAAAAAUAUCAAGAACUACAAAAGGUUGCAGAAACACGGAAUACGGAUGUAAUUGAAUUGGUGGCGCUUGGUGACCACCUUGAACAAUCGUUAAUUGCGAAUCUCAGACAAAAUGAAGCAGACUUCGAUAAAAUGAGAUAUGAUUCUUCGGAUUUGAUUCAGAUUAGUGGCGAAACUAGAUUUUCUUCUAGCGUUCAACAGAUCACUUCUCGAUUUCAAUCAAUACAAACAACUGCUAAGGAACUCGUGAAGAAAUGCGAACAAGCUACCGCAGAUCAUACUGCAUAUCUAGAACGUUACAAACAAUGUUCUGAGUGGCUAGCUACUGCAAGGGGCCGUUAUCAAUCAGUCACUGAUAAUUUGUGUGGCACACGACAAGAAUUAAUCUUAAAAGCUGAUACUUCAAAAGAACUUUUAGGACGACAAUCGUCAGCAAUCUCUUUACUGAAUAGUACAAUCGAAACCGGUGAACGUUUAUAUCCUACAACUGGCGUAGAAGGUAGAGAAAUCAUACGUCAACAGUUAUCGGACCUUCAACAAGUUUUAGAAGGAUUAUACGAUGAUAUUGCUUCAACGGAACGUGACUUACAAGCUAGGAUCGCAAAAUGGUCAGGUUUCGACGAGUGUAGCGAAGCCUUUGAAAAUUGGUUAAAAGAUGCGGAAUCUCAACUAAAAGAAGAUAUCGAAUUAAAAACUACCUUAGAUGAAAAACGAGGACAAUUGCAAAUUUAUCGUACUUUCUUGCACGACGCUCAAAUGCAUCAACAGGAUUUGCUUGAUCUUUCAGAUAAAGCAGAUAAUCUUCCAGAGCGUACAGACAAAAUUGAUUCCAUAAUAAACAAAUUAAAACGUAGGCAUGCUGAAGUAUUGAAACGUGCCGCAACUUUUGUUGAAAGAUAUGAAGGAAUCGUUAGCGAUCAUCAACAAUAUAGUAAGGCUGUAUUAGAUACACACGAAUGGCUGGAUGCAACUCAUAAUGCUGUUAAUCUUUGGGGAGACACUGAAUUAGAACGAGUAUCUCUACAUACGAAUUUAGAUCGUUUACAAAAUCUUUUACAUACGCUUCCGGAAGAGGAACCAAGAGUUCAACAAAUUCGAAUUCUUGGAGAAAAAGUGAUACCUGGUACUUUAGAAACAGGUCAAGUAAAUAUACGAUCACAGAUUGAUUCGUCUCAACAAGAAUGGGAAGGUUUAAUAUCUGCUGUCAAAUCGACUAUCGAAGCAUUAGAAAAUAAAUUGCAACAAUGGAACGAAUUUGAGAAUUUAAAAGAAAGAUGUCUAGUUUGGAUCAAGGAUACAGAUACAAAACUUCAUGCUGUAGAUCUGAAAUCAACUUUAACAGAAAAGAAAGACCAAUUAGAAAAAUUACGAUCACUUCAAGGAGAAGUACGUGCUAAAGAACUUGAAAUUGAUGCGGUUACGGAAAGAGCACAGCAGUUACAUAAAAAUGUAUCUUCGCGAACAUCUCAUAUAUCAGAAUUGAGUAUCAAAUAUCAACAAAUAUCAAGCAAGGUUAAAGAUUUAAACAAUCGGUGGCAUCAGUUUGUUGCUGUACAUCAAGAAUUUGAUAAUCAAUUAUCCGAAUGUAGCAGAUGGUUAAACGACAUAAAGAACAAAUUAGCUUACUGUUCAGACUUAAGUGCAUCAUCACAAAAAGAUUUAGAAAAUAAAAUGGAAACUAUGCAAGAUAUAUUGCUGUAUAAAGAGGAUGGAUUUGCUAAAGUUCAAAAUAUCGUCGAAUUAGCUCAAGCUGUUUUGGCAAAUACAGCACCAAAUGGACAUCAAGCAAUAAACGAAUCAUUAGCGCAUCUUCAAGAACAAUGGAGUGCUGUAGCAUCAAAAAUGCUUGAGACGAAAACGAAUUUAGAUGAUUCUAUUAACAAGUGGGCUGGUUUACUCGAACAAAUUCAAUCGAUUAAUAAGACUAACGAAUAUAUGCAAACAUCGUUAGAAGAAAUGUCUCAAUUCCAAGCGACAAUGACAGAAAAAAGAAGUCAAUUAGAACGUAUAAAAGCUUUAGAAGAGAAAAUUAGAUGCGAGAACAUAGAAGUUGAGAGUUUGAAAGCUGAAGUUGCUGAAAUGAUUGCGAGUGGACAACAAGGAUUAGCUGCUUCUCAUGCACAAGAUAUAUUGAGCCGAUUUGACAUGCUCUUUGAAAAAAUCAAAUCGCUAUUAGCAGAACGAGAAGAACAAUACAAGGAUCACCGACUUUAUAAGGAAGCUCAUGAUAAUUUGAUUACUUGGCUCAAUCGAGCGCGUGAGAAGAUACCAGCGAUAAAACAGAAAUCACUAAGUGAUAAAUUAGCUAUAGAAAAUGCUGUUGUACCUUUGGAGAGUCUCUUAAAUAAGAAAGCCCAAGGUGAAUUAUUGGUAGAACAUUUACAACAUACUGGAAAAGUUGUAUGUGUUAGUACAAAUGUUCAAGGUCAAGAAGUUAUCAAGAAUGAAAUUCGUGCUCUUACUGAAAGCUUUGAAGGAUUAUUUAAAGAAAUCAAACAGCAAAAGGAUCAACUAGAAUCUACUAUCAGUCAAUGGCGCGAUUACAAGGACGAAUAUGAAAGACUUAGCGAUUGGUUGCAACAAUUUGAUAUUCUUAUUAAAGCGCAGAAGAAUGCUUUGUUACCUAAUGUUAAAGAAAAACAAAAGCAAGUACAAGAGGUCAAGGAAAUAUUAAACAAUUUGAUGAAAGGUCAAGAACAAAUCGACAAGUUUAACAAAACAGCUUCUGGUUUGCUUUCUUCUCAUCUGGAUACUUACGUUAAUAAUCAACUUCGUCAUUUAAAUUCACGGUAUCAAGUGCAAGUAAAUCUUGCUAAAGAUGUGUUAAAUAAAGUAGAGACUAAUUUAGCACAGCACGAAAAUUACGAAGCUUAUCUCGGAAAGGCACAUGCUUGGAUUGAAAACGCAAAGCAGAUUAUAAGACAAGGAACAGAAGCAGCAUCGACCAGUAGUCGCAACGAAUUGCAAAAUAGAUUAGACAAAAUACAAGAAUUGUUAAGGAAACGAGAAGAAGGGCAGAAUUUAGUUCAUCUGACAAUAAAUUGUGGGGAAAAAGUGAUGAGAAACACACGCUCUGAUGGUCGAGAAGAAAUUAGCUCACAAUUGAAAGAUAUACAAAAUGAUUGGGAACGUUUAGUUAAGAAAAUAUCAACAACAAAAGUACAUUUAGAAACUAGUCUUCUACAAUGGGCUGACUAUAGCUCUUCUUACUCGCAAUUGCAGCAAUGGAUCAACGAUCGUGAAGCGAAACUGCAACAAGUUUGGGAACAAAAAGUUUCCAAAGCUAAAAAAGGUUCAGCUGGUCUGAGUUCUUUAGCGAUUGGCGAGAGAAAAGCAAAUUUACGGCAGACUAAUAGUAUCGUACAAGACAUCGUUGCCUUCGAACCGAUGAUACAAUCAGUAGCAACGAAAGCAGAAGACCUUCGACAAGCUACACCAGCGACAGAGAUAUCUAUUAAAUAUAAAACUUUAAGUAAGCAUGCCCAAGAACUUUAUGCAAAACAGAAAGAAACCGUUGAACAACAUCAAGCGUUCAUUGAUAGUGGUAACGAAUUCUUACAAUGGAUACGUGUUGCAAAAGAAAGAUUAGGUAAAUGCUCGGAACCUACAGGUGAUAAAGAAUCUUUAGCCAGCAAAAUUACUCAAUUGAAGGUAUUGCAGUGUGAACUUUCAGAAGGACAGAAAAAACUUGAGAAAGCUUUAGAAAGAGGUAAUGCUGCUUGUCAAAUCGCUGAUGCUGAGGAUAAAGAAAUUAUCGAAGAAGAAGUAGCUUUGUUACAAGACGAAUAUGACAAUUACGUAGACUCACUGGGUACUACAAAAUCAUUAUUAGAAGAGGCUAUAGUAAAAUGGACUCAGUAUGAAGAACAAUUUUCUGAAGCUGCGGAAUGGUUAACUCAAACCGAACAACUAGUACAAUCUUUCAAUAAGUUACAGGACAGUCUUGAAGAAAAGAAGAACGUACUCGAACAAUUCCAAGUUCAUUUGCAAACUUUAUUUGAUUGGCAAAAGGAACUCGAUCGUUUGAAUAUGAAAGCCCAAAUGUUGGUCGAAACCUGUGCCGACACACGAAUUUCAAAUGCAGUUACUCAAUUGACAACGAAAUAUAAUGCUCUCUUAUCGCUUGCCAAAGAAAUUAUGCGACGUUUGGAAUUACAUUAUCAAGAACAUCAACAACACAAUACAUUACAUCAAGAAUGUGAAGAUUGGAUUGAACGAACUCGAAACAAAUUAGGAGAAUGUAUGGAGAUUCCUAGUACUUUGCAAGAAGUUAAUAAUAAAUUACACACGUGCAAAACCAUACGGCAAACUUUAGAACAGGGUCAAAAUAAAUUGCGUUAUGCUUUGGAAUUAAAGGAAAAAGUUAUUAUGAACACCGAACAGAACGGUGCGGUAAAAAUUCAAGAAGAUACUGAAAAUCUUAAAGCAGAAUUCGAUAAAUUGUUAGCCGACGUUGAAAUUGCUAGACAAAAAUUGUCGGCACGAGCAGGUGUACUUGAAGAAUUGAACAAAAUUCAUAGAUUGAUCACAGAUUGGAUCGAAGAAAUUGAAGGAAAAGUUCAAGCUGAAGAAAUUUAUAGAAAUGAUCUCAGUGAAAAACGAGCUCUUCUAGAAAAAUUCAAAACGAUUUUAAGAGAUAUAAUAGGUCAUAGUGAUUCUGUUAAUCGACUUAAAACGCGUCUUGCUGAAGAUUCAACUAUACAGAGAAGUCCUUAUGAGUCAACCAUCACAAAGUAUGAAGCAGUUAAACAAUCUAUCGCCGAUAAAAUAGGUAAAUUGGAAAAUCAGAUAAAGGAUCACGAGAAAUUUCAACAAGCAUAUAACGAAGCUGCUGAUUGGAUACGUCAAACAAAACUCGAACUUCAACAACAUAGCGAUACUCAUGGAGAUAAAGGACAGGUAUUGGAACGUGAAAACAAAGUGAAUCAAAUUAUUUUCUCUCUACCAAAUGGAGAUAAGCUAAUCUCGAAAGUAAUUGAAUUAAGGGAUGCUGUAAUCUCUACUACUGGCACAGAAGGUCAAGAUUCCAUCAAGCAAGACGUAAAACAAUUGCAAACUGAUUGGUCGUUACUGCAAUCUCAGUGUCACGAUUCGCAUGAAACUCUUAAUAAUUGUAUAUUAACGUGGUCUCAAUUUACAGCUGCGUUGGAUAACAUGAAAGCAUGGAUUGAUUGUUUUCAGAAGAAAGUAAUCGAUGAACAAUCAAAAGAUAAUAAAACGCAAUCGGAUUUAGGACGGUGCAAACAAUUAGUCGAUGAAGCUAUUAAACAAAAACCUAUUCUCGAAGAUCUAAAUGACAAGUGCGAAGCUUUAUUGGAAAUGAGUACUUGGAGCCUAGCUCGUGAUAAAACAGUACAACUGCAAUCGGCGUAUACAUCCUUACUCACUGAUGCACAAAGUUUGGUUUCCAAAGUUGAAAAGAAUCUAUCAGAUCAUACUGAAUUUUUGAAAGCUAAAAAAGAAAUGGAAGAUUGGUUGCACUCCGUACAGAAAUCUGUGGAAGAUUGUGUUGGAACUGGUGAUGAAAUAUGGGCUAAGGAUAAACUAGGAAUCCUUAAGGUUGCAGCUUCACAAAUUACCGAAGGCCAACAAUUAUUAUCAACGUUACAAAAUGCUUUCGUGAAAGCCAUUAAUACAGCGUUACCAGAACAACAAGAUCAAUUACGAACUGAUAUGGCUGAUCUAAGAUCAAACUGGGAACAGUUGACUAUGGAUCUAAAUACGAAUCAAGCUAGAGUGAAAUCAAUCCUUAGCCGAUGGGAGGAUCAUGCAGAAACAUAUAAUAAAUUUAAGAAAUGGUUAGAUGAAACUUACGUAUCAACGGAAGAUCUACCAAGUACGAAGGGAGAAUUUGGUGAAAUGAAAACUUUACUUGAGCGAUACAAACACAUACAAGAAACGGUUCAUAGUAAAAAAACUGACCUGGAUAAUUUAAUGGAAGAAGCUGGUGAAUUAUCAAACUGGGCAGAAAAUAACAUAACGUUAGAACGAUCAAAAGAACUUUUGACAAAGUGGCAAGUUUUAGGUGAUCGUGUCAACAAGAGGAAAAAAUCGAUAGAAGAUGAAAUGAAAGAAUACAAUGCAUAUCAUGCAGCAUUACAGGACACAGAAAAAUGGCUGUUGCAAAUAUCUUUUCAAUUAAUGGCUCAUAACUCACUCUAUAUAAUUAGUAAAGAACAAACAAUGGCUCAAAUGAAACAACAUGAGUCAUUAUUAAUGGAAAUACAAAAAUAUCAAACGAUAAUCGAUGAUUUAAAAGUUAAAGGUCAAGGACAAAUCAAUCAAUAUGUAGUAGUAAAUAAAGAAAUCAAAACCACCAUAGAAACGCAAUUACAAAAUGUUCAAGAUAGUUACAAUUCUUUAUUAAACACUGCAUUACAAAUAAAAGGUAGAUUAGCAGACUCUUUAACGAAAUUCCAAGAAUAUGAAAAUACGUUGGAAAGUAUUGCAAAAAAUUUAGAUUCCUAUCAACCUGAAAUUGCUCAUGAAUUAGAAGCUCCCGUAGAUACUCUUGCCGAAGCGGAAGAAAGUCUGGAAAAGGCACGAAUAUUACAUAAUAAGUUACAAACUGAGAAAACGCGUCUCGCAUUGGCAGUCGAAGCUUGCGAAGCAGCAGCAGCUUGCAUUUCUAGACCUGGCAGUCCUUUAGAUGCACCACCGGUUCAAAUUGCACCUAGAGAAGUUGAAGUUCGAACGAGAUUGGAAGAUCUUAUCGAUCAAAUGCAAAUACACUUAACAAAUAUGACAAAAAUAGUAAGCGAUCUCGAGGAACAAACUAGGCAGAAAAAUGCAUUAUGUAUGUGGAUAAAUCAGCAACGAGCACUUUGCGCAGAAUGGAAAUCCAGGCCAGCAAAAUUACGUGCUGAGGCAGCACAGGCUGAAUUACAAACAAUGAAUGAGCUGUUAGUAAAUGUUAAUGAACGUCGUAUUCGUGCUUUAACAGAAUUAGCGUCACAUCCGGAAAUACAGGAAGUUGAAGAUGGACUAAAUAAAUUAGAAGCAGAAUUGACUGAUGCCAUUGCAGGUAAACAGGCAUCACAAGAUCUAAUACAGAAAUAUAGAAAUCAAGUGCAAGAUAUUCAAACAUGGUUUGAUACUCUCUCAAAGAAAGCUGAUGGUAUUGAAAAGGGUUGUGGUUUUACAAUCGGUCAAAAAAUUUCAAAUAUAAAAGAAAUCAUCGGUGAAUUUGAAUCCCAAGGUGCAGACAGAAUAGACGAAGUUAAGAAAUUAGGCGAUCAAGUAAUGGAUUCUGUUAGUAAUUUGGACUCACAACAAAUCGAAGAACAGAUCAAGUUUGUAGAAAGACGAUACACGGACAUAAGUAAAAAAUUGCAAAGAAAAACGCAAGUUCUAGAUAUGACAGCUCAAGGUAUCGAAGCAACUCGUCAAGAAAUCGAAGAGAACCGAAAUUGGAUUGAACAGAAAAAAGAACACGCUAGACUAACCGAGCCUCUUGGAUACGAAAGUAAACAAGCAGAAGAAAGAUUGCUUAUUCUUAAGGGUAUAUUAAAAGAAGCUGAAAACAAACAAAUGAUAGUGGACACACUUGAAAAACGUGUUGGAAAUAUGCAAAAUGAAUUGGAGAUUAGUGAACAACAGCAAUUAGAAGAUGAUACUAAGGCUUUGCGUGGAGAACAUAUUGAAUUACGCACCAUUUUGCAAGAAGAAAUUUCUAUUGCAAGUGCCGCCGUAGAUGCAUGUCACAAAUUUGAAACUGAUCUUGCACGAGCUCGUACAUGGAUCAAAAAUAAGAGUAAUGAAUUAAAGAAGCUUAGCGGAUACCUUCCACUUAAAGCCUCGAAAGUUGAACAGGAAAUUACACAGCACAGCAGUUUAGAAUCUGAAAUUGCAUCAUUCAAUGAAGGAAAUUUAAAUAAUAUUAUAAAACAGGGACACAAUAUGUUGAAAGAAUGUAAUGCAGAAGACAGUGCUCGAUUACAAGCUCUACUAGAUAAUCUAAACAAAGAUUAUGAAGAACUGAAGAAAGAAGGUAAAGAAAAGCAAGCAUCCCUUAACGAUCUUCUUCAAGGACGUAAAUCAUUCGAAAAUGAAAUGGACAAAUGUCAGCGGUGGAUUAAUGAAGCAGAAGUUGCUACUUCGUUAGAAUUACGAACGUCAAGCGUUGAUGUUCUUCGUGAACAGCUUGCUAAGUACGAUCGACUAAAGAAAGAAGCCAAAGAAUAUGAAGAUAAUAUAGAAAAAAUAACUCAACAAGGAAAAUCUAUUUUGCCGACUAUCAGUGAUGCAGAUAAACAGGAACUGAGUGAACAGUUAAAAUGUAUGAAAGAAGCUCACGAUAGAGUGGCUAAUGUAAUAAAUGAACGGGCUUAUAAUCUGCAGAAAAAAAUUGACGAAGCUGAAAAAGCGGCAGCACGUGUUGCUGAAGCAGUACAAUUUAUGGCAGAUAUUCAAAAAGAACUUCAUGAUUUGAAUAAACCGAUUGGUGCACGUAUUGAAGAUGUUGAAGGAAUGUUAGUAGCUUAUGAAAGAAUAUUAGAUGAUCUUAAGAGCAAUAAAUCAAAAUUGUCCGGUUUACAAUCAGCUAAUGUCGGCGAUCUUCAAAAUAUUCUUGCUCAACAAGAUGAUCUUAUAAGAGCACUAGAAGCACAAAUUGCAAAAUUAAGACAACUAUUACUUCUUCGGCAACAAUUUAUAGCAUUGGUUGGUGAAAUUACUACUUUCAUUGCUAAGUAUACUGAAAUAAUUCGAGAUAUUGAAAAAUCUGGUCAAACAACAGAGGACAAAAUCAAAAGGUAUGAUGAUGCUAUAUUAAAAAUACAAGAAUGUGAAGCUACACUUGCAAGUGCUACAGACAAAGGACAACAAAUAGCUGCUGAAGGUUCAGCCGUUGAUAGAAAUAUUAUAACAGAGCAAUUGCAAACACUUAAACAACAACUCCAGGGUCUUAGAAGAGCCGUAGAAACACAAAGGGAGCAACAUGAGCUAGCUGCAGCAGAACAUAGAAGAUUAGCCGAUGAAUUGGCUAAUAUUUUAGAUUGGAUAGAGAGCAAGGAAAAAGAAGUUAAGUCGAGGCCACUUCUGGAAAGAAAUCCGUUAAGUGUGGAAGAGGAAAUAAAUAAGCACAAAAUUCUUUGUGAUAGCAUAAACGAAUACUUAGACAAAAUUCGAACUUUGAAAGAUUCUGUACGACACGAGGAAGGCAUGCCAGGAUCUCUGAAAGAAAUGCUUAGUGAAGCGAUGUCUUUAUUAACUUCAUUGCCCAGAGAAAUGAAGGAACGUGGAAAUUAUAUUGAAAGUAACUUAGAAAUGAGGUUAAAUUAUGCCCAGCUAGCCGAAAAAUUACAUUAUUGGGUUAAGGAAGCUAAGAUUCGACUUGAAAGUGAUAAAACCGGACUUGAUUUUGAGAAUAUUCUUAGCGAUUUGGAAGAACACAAAAUAUACUUUAGUACCGAAUCUUCGAUUCGCGAACUGGUCUCUCAACAAAUCCAACAAGCAGCAGAUAAAAUAUGGCCUUCCUUGAAUAGUUCUGAACAAGAGGAACUAAGCGCUGAACAACAACAACAUACUCAACUGUUGAAGAAUACAUUAAAUACGGCUAGAUCUCAACGAGCUCGUAUGGAACAAGGUGCAGAGACUUGGAGAGAUUACAGUCAAACCUUGGAACGUGUACGUGCUGUCAUAGCUAGGACAAGAUUCACGGAUGAACCUGUCACAACGUUAGCCGGCUUACAGUUUAAUAUUCAAAAGAUUACACAUGCAUUAAAUGAUAUUCAGAAUCAACAGUUCGAGUUAGACUUGUUAAACGAACGCGGCCGAGAAGUUCUACAUCUGGCAAAUCCUAGAAACAAGAAGAAAAUAGAAGAUCAAUUAUCGGAGAUAACUACCGAAUGGAAAGAACUUGUUUCUGGUUUAGAAGGCCGUAGAGACGCUCUUGAAGCUCUUUCAAGACAUUGGGAAGAAUUGGAAACACAUUACUCUCACGUCGAGGCUCGAUUAAACGCCAUAGAGGAAAAGAACAAACUCAUCGAUACUGUAGUUCGAUCCAAACAACAUUUACAAGAUAUUAAUAAAGCUCUGAAUGCAUCAAUUACGGACGCUGAUAAGCUUAGACCUGCAACAGAAGAGAUACAAGCAUUAGCCGGAUCAGUACUUGUAUACCUCGCAGCCUUCACACAGCCGCCGGCAUGUGCGCUCGAGGAGCGCAUCAAAAAUCUUCAAAAAUCCGUCGAAUCACUUGUUGGUUCAUUACGAGAGAAAUCCAAGAAAGCGGAGGAAAAUUUAAAGGAACUCGAGAGUAUAGAAAGUGAAAUCGAAAGACUACGUAAGGUCUUAAACGAAGCUCGAAGCAGCGCAACGAACCUCUACGUGUUCGCUGAUCAGGAAACAGCCGAGAACGAAGUGAAGGAAUUGAAGUCUCACCUCGACGAUCUUGUUGAGACUGCAAAGAAAUUUUCUGGAAACACUAAGGCGCGGUACCAAGUUAGCCAGCAGCUGAUACCAAGUGAUCUUUCUCAGUAUUUAACGGCUCUCGAGCUCUGUGCUGAGGCAACCGCACAGGCAAUGGAUGAGAAACAGAGAGAACUUAAACGCGCUAGGACCAUUAGGUCGGAUUAUUUGACCGACGUAGACGAGAUCCAGACUUGGGUAAGACAAGCUGAAAUAAAAGUGCAAGAUAGGUCUAUAGAACCGAUUGCACUUAGGGAAAGUCUUAGACAAAUACAGAAUGAGCUGGGCCCGGUCACGGAUAAGCUCGAACGAUUAACGAAAAAUGGUCGUGUGAUCAUUGAGAACACGAGAGACGAUGCCGAAAAAGAAUUAAUCGAAAAAACAAUUAACGAUUUGAGCGAACAGUUAGGACAAGUACGAAAUUUGCUCGAUGAAAAGAGACAAAUUGUUGGCGACACAUUGGAUGCAUGGCAAAGGUUCCUUACACUUUACGACACUGUCAGGGUCUGGACGGAAGAAAAGAAGCAAUUCCUAACAGAACCACUCAAACUCAGUACCCUCGUUCAGGCCAAACAAAGGCUACACGAAUAUUCGACUGCUGUAAAAAGCUGUAAGCAAGUAAACAAAAAUCUAAGCGAUAUGGCAAAAGAACUAGACAAUAUUCGUCAAGUAACAACCACUGGUGAUUUACCGGAGAAAUUUACUGAGGCAGAGGAAGCUAAAAUACAAGUCGAAGGACAACUAUUGGAAAGAAACGCUUUGUUGCAAGAAACUAGCGAAGAGUGGGAGCAAUGUGAAAGAAAGAUGAAAGAAGUUAAAAGUUGGAUAGAAAAGGCUAAGCAGAUACUCGAGUCGCCACAAAAUAAGAAAAAGCCUUUGCACGAUCAACAUGCUAUUAGGGAAAAAAUGCUAAGCGAUAUAACAAUACAAAAAACUAAAAUCAAAAUAUCCAUCGAAAAACUUCGAGUACACUUCAGAUCUGGAAUCGGUGGAGACAAAAAAAUAACCGAAAUUGCCGAAGAAUUACUCUCGGAAUUAGAAGUUUUUUAUAAAACCGUGACAGAAGAGACUGCAUCCUUGGAGCUCUGCUUGGAUCAGAUCGAUCAAUAUCAACAGGAAAUACAAAAAUUACGACAAAAGGUUGUUCAAGUGGAACAGCAACUUAGGACAGUAUUAAGCCCAACAUACUUACCAAACAACAGAGAAAAAGCUAUUCAAGAACAGCAGGAAACCAUAGAAGCACGUCUCACAGCAUUAAAAACUGCCCUUUUGGAUAUAGAAGCUACGAAUUUGUCUCGUGAUUCUAUUGAAUCAAUGUUAUCUGCCACUGGGGCGAUGAUAACAAAACUUCAAGGUUAUGAUGAAGAAAUUCUACAAUUGCAACAACAAUUGUGUGAAAUUCCAAUCAAUACUACUUGUCAAAUAUUUACGAAUACUUUGGAAAGUAUUCAAUCGCACAUUAAUACGUUGUUGACUGAAACAAAGCAAAGUUAUGAGCUUUUAAAGCAAGCUUUAGAGAUUCAACGUCAACGAACUAAAGAAAUAAAGGACUAUCAAAAUUUUCUUGAAGAAACGGAUGUUUGGCUAAAGGAUAUCGUAGUCGGAAUAAAUGAAUCAAUAACUAUAGACCAGAAUUUGCAAGUGCAGUUGUUAGAUCGUACUCAACGAGUAUCCAAAUUGGAAUCACUACCAGAAAUUAAAGAGUUGGCAAAAGUAUUGAAAAAUGAACUGAUGGACUUGAUUAACCGUCUUCAGCAAAAGCAGCAGGAAUUGCUGGAUGAAGAAGCAUUGGCCGAUGACGAAACUGCAGAUCGUGAUGAUGCCACAAUCGAUCAGGCACCAUCGAUACACUCUACUAUUGAAAGCAAUCCACCAUCCUUAGCCGAUGUGUCCUUACAAACAGGACAAAGUUUAUUAUUAGAUAUUGUAGAAGAUAAACCAUUACAACUUACAAAACAAACUUCGACAACUCAGAUUCCCGUUAUAACAGCUACUCAAUCAUUAAUGACACAAACUAUGGAUACCGCGACUUUUCCAGAUCAGCAAAUAAAAGAAACAAUCAAGGUAGUAAAACUCUCUGAAGGUGAUCAUGAUGUUAUCGAAAUAGCAACAAAGAACGUAAGGACUGAUAUAAGUCAAAAUUUACUUCGAAGUGAACAAAGUAACGUCGUACCUGAUAAUAUAAUAGUUGAUAUGAAAUAUCAAGAUGGUCAAAAGGAGGAGAAUACUAAAAGCGAAUUGAACAUUCAUCAUGCGACUCCUCAAUCUUUCGAAACUGUACUCUUUGAACCAGAUGACGUGACUACUGAAGUAGUUGUCGAUGCAGAUGGUACGAAGAGAAUUAUCGUUAGAAAGUUAAGGCAGACAAUUGUUUCCAACAGACACACUCAACAACAUGCAUCGUCGAUCACGACAGCUCUUGGUGAGGAUGCGUCAAUGAUGCAAGCAUUUUCAGAAGCAACUCUAAGAGAUCAAUAUGUCACGGUUACUACAACGAAACCUGAUGGUACCGUAGAAACAUUAACGAAACAAAUUCAUGGUAGUAAAGUAACAACAGGUAUACCAGAUGCAGAAUAUUUCGAAGAGAAAUAUGAAUCAACACCACAGUACACCCACAGAAUAACUCAGGGAGCUAUCAGAGAUAUUAGUCCUUUACCUAUCGAAGAACAAAUAUUAGAACAUGGUCAAUAUCAAACGAAGACAUCCAGCGUUCACGCUGUAGUACAACAGGUGACUAGAAGAGUUAUCAAGAAAACGCGAAGGAUUAUACGAAAAGUUACCAUCAUAGAUGGUAAGGAAACUACAAGCGAGGAAAUAAUUGAAGAACCUGAAGAAAUAGAAAUAGAUGAGCAAGAUAUACCGCAUAUUAAUAUCAACGUUAUUAAAGAUGAAAGUGAACAAACAUUUGGAUUAGAAAAAAGGGUAAGUGACGAAAAGAAACAAGAACCAUCAUUGUUCUCAAGCUUCUCAGGAAACAUACAAAGUGAUACUUCUUAUGAACAGCGUUGUCCAGAUAGUCCUAUGCAAGGUCCGUUCUUUGGUCCAUUCGCAAAAGAUAUGUCAAGCAUACGUCGAUCAGAGGUAAAGAAAAAGUCUAUUAAAAGCACUACCAUUGAUGAUACGAAAGUUGAUGCCAGGAAAACACACGACGAAUUAAAAGAAGUAGAAAAAGUUGAAGUUAAAGAUUCGAGGGACAAUACAAAUGAACAAAAGCUUAUCACAAAAGAGCAACCUAUUACUCUAGUUCAAGAACAAGAUAUUCUUACUUGCACUGUCACUAAUAUUCCAUCUGAAUCUGUCUUUGAUAUUCAUAGCACAGAAGAUGUUGUUACAAAGGUAAAUAAUACAGGACAAACACUUCUAAAGGAACAAGUAGUGUCCUAUCUAGAAGAUUCUAUUAUUUUACAGACACCAGAUGAGGAUAUUCCUGCUGCUAUACAAUCGUCAUUAUCAUCGGAGGAUUCAGCAAAGACCGACAACGCAUCAGUUACAACUAAAGCUAUUUGUAAGUCUGACGAUGCACCAGUAAGCUACAAAACACCCGAUACUUUGUUAGAAAGCGGCACGGUAGAAGUAGCAAAGCACGAUGAUGGUAGCAAUAUUCUAGAUGCUGAGAAAAAAAUUAGUAGAUCGAGUAUUUGUAUGUUAGAGGAUCACGGUACACAGAAAAUCCAAGAAGAGGCAUUACCCACAAUGAAGAGUAAACUGGAAGAUAAUAAUGUCGAUUUACAAAAACAAUUAUCAGAUAUUCAAUUUGAUGUUAAAACUGAAGAGGUUACAUCAUCAGGAACAAUUCAAAUAACACAAACUACAGACAAUAAUAUUAUGCAUAAAGAUGUUCCAAAAUUACAAGACAAAAAACAGCAAGUAGAAACAUUGUUAACAAAAGAAAGAAAAGAUAUAUAUAAAGAUAACAUCUCAUUAGCGGAACAGAAAUCUUUUGCUGGAAAAGUCGAAAUUUCUUUAUCUAUUCAAAAACACGAUGAAAAACCGGAGUCCAUGGUAUACAUAAAAACCCAAUCAGAAUGUUCAAAUGAACGACCAUAUCACACUGUCUUAGAAGACGUUAAGAUUAGUCUUCCAGCGGAUCAAGAAGCUUCCGAAAUAAUUCAUAACAAAAUUGUGCAAACAAGUCCUGUAAAUAUCGUUCAAAAAGGCACUGUAACAACUCAGACAUCAAUACCUUUGAGUACUGAAACGAGCCAACAAGAAUCGGUGAAUGAUAAAUUAAAUUUACAAAAUAAUCAAAAAGCGGAACUACAACAACCACAACAAGAGGAAUUAAUACAAGAGAAACUACAACAACUACAACAAGAGAAAUUAAUACAAGAGGAACUACAACAACUACAACAAGAGAAAUUAAUACAAGAGGAACUACAACAACUACAACAAGAGGAAUUACAACAAAUACAACAAGAGGAACUACAACAAAAGGAACUACAACAAUUACAACAAGAGGAACUACAACAAGAGGAACUACAACAAUUACAACAAGAGGAACUACAACAGCUACAACAAGAUGCAGGAACUGUUAGUCCAAUUUCCACAACUAUUGCUGAGUCAGUAGAGAUCAGUAUGCUAUUAUCCGAAUCUCCAGAACAUAUCAGCGAACAACCUCAAACAGAUAUAGUAGAAAUUACCGAUUCAUUAGGACUAAGCUCACAUACUAGAAACGAUAGUUUUGGAUAUGAUCAUGGAUAUGAACCAGAUGACAGAACAACAGUUGAAGAACCUUCUUCUACUCAAGAUGAUGAUGAUAUAGGGAGAAAAAAGAAAAAGAAAAAGAGAAAGAAACAAAAAAUUCGUGAAAUAAUAGAAAAUUCUUCUGGAGUACCUAAAAGUUCUUCAGAUGAAGCAGAUUCAGCAAGUAAGGCAACAAUGUCAGAUAAAGAAGACAAUAUCGUAGAAAUGGAAGAAAUUGAAAUUGUCGAAAUAAAGCCUGUCAUUGAAGAACCAGAGAUCAAUGUAAACAAAGUUCCUAUCGACACGCAAACUGUUGUCAUAGAAACCUGUAAUGUAUCAAUUUCUCCGGAUCAAAAUAAGGAAUUAGUUUCUAUAGGAUCAGUAACUGACACUGUAGAGCAAGAAGUAAGAACAUUUAAAGUAAAAGAAACAGAUAGUCAUAUGCAAAUUUCGCCACAAGUUAUGUUUGAAAGUGCUAUGCAAACGGUUCAGAAAGAAAUACCUGAAAUAAAAGAAUCCAGUAUACAAACGAUAACACCUACGAGAACACUAACGACGGAAAAUGCGAUUCAGACCAGUCCUAUCGAAAAUGUUCCAUUAUCACCUAUUGUGCUCGAAACUAAAGAUUCACAUGUACAAACAGUCAUUGAAAUGGAUUCAACAGAAAUACAAACUUCACCGAUAGAAUGCGUUCCUUCGAUAGAUACAGAAACUCAAACAUUACCGAAAGUAUCAAUUGACGUUGAACAACAAACCUCAGCUCCUACAUCUAUAAAACAAACAUCUUAUGUUUCAGAGACAGUUGAAGUAAACAUACAAACGAGUAAACCACCUAGUCCUGAGAAACCAGAAAUGUUAGAUUUCAAUAUUCAAGCUGAACUAUUGGAGAAAGCAAUAUUUGAAACUGCAGAAACACAAACAAUAUCGAAUGAAUCUGUACAACAAAUGGGAACUCAAGAAACAGAGACGCAAACAAAAUCUUUGAAUUCCAUAGUUUCUAGUGAACUUCAUUCACUAGAAACGACGGAAACUCAGACAACUCCUGAAGAAAGUCUAAAAAAGAUCGAAACAGAGGAAAGGGAAAUACAAGUAUCGUUCCAACUAUUUCCAUUUGAUAGCAUAGAGACACAAACGACACCAACACAAAGUCCUCGUAAAGUAGAGAUUAUGGAAAAAGAAGUACAAGUACAAUUAAUAAAUAUUAUUCCUCCUAAAACAAUGGAAACACAAACGACGCCUAAGGAAAGUCCACGAAAAAUAGAAAUCUUGGAAAAAGAAGUUCAGGCAAAAUCAUCGCCACCAAUUACUAAUAUUAUGAUUCAAACAAAUCCGGUGAUUAGUCUACAACCACAAGAAAGUUACGAUUUUGAAACACAAACUAUUCAGAAAUCAAUGAAGUAUGGUAUGGAAGAAAAAAUACAAACUAGCUCACCUAUACUCGUAGAAACCAUUAGUGGUUCUGUACAAGUGGAAUCUAAAGAAUUGAUGCCUCUUUUUGAUAAAACUUCACAAAUAUCUUCCGAAAGCUGUGAAAAAAGUUUACAAGUCUCACUUAAAUUACAAGAAGAAUGUGAUGAGUCAACGUCAGUACAUAAUAUCACUGAAGAUCAACUUCUAAAAACAAUAACAUCGGUUGUACCAUCCGAUGAUAUAAAAACACAAUUAAGUUCAACUCAGUCAACAGUCGUAGAAGCUACAGAAGCAUUAUUAAAAUCAGAAAUCAGCGAUGUUUUGGUGCAGUCAGAAAAGAGUUCAACACCGGAUACUUCAUUUGAAGUACACAUCAAAACAACGAUAGAAUUACCUAAUAGCGAAAUAUCUAGCGAAGCUAUAAUGAAUUCGGAAUCAUCGACAGAUAUCUCGCAAGAUGUCUCACUCACUCCGUAUACAAAUGAUAAUAAUAAUGAUAAUAAUGAAGCUAAAUUAGAAAAAAGGCAAAGAAGAAAGAGAAAACAUAAGACUAUGGAAAUUCAAUUAUUAACUAAAGAAACGAAUAAUUUAGACUCUAUAUUUGGACAACCAGCACAAUCACAAAAUUCAUCUUUGAAAUUAUCUUAUUCCGAUGUAACUAAGAAAAAUUCAAAUAAGCAACCAUUCGUAGUAAAUGUUGAUGAACCAAUGACUGUUCAAAGUUUUGAAGAAAAUGAUAACUAUGCAUCUUCUGCUGCUUUAGAUAUUGACGAUGGACUUAAGAAAGAAGUUCAAGAAAUGAAUUUACAAGACGAAACAAUACCGAUGUCUUUGGAUACGAGUAUUAUGUCUAUCUCACAAUCAUCGAUUUUUGUUGAUUUAUCCAAUCCGUCAAAAUCAGAUAAACCAUUCGAAACUUCGUUAACAAGUGAAGGUCAACAAUUCGAAACUCUGUUCGUAUCUAUUCCCAGUGAACCAAUGGAUACAACUAUAUCACCAGAUGAAUCACCAUCAUCAAAUCAAAUUGAAAAACCAAUAAAAACACAAGUGAAAACUUACGCGGAAGCUAUUUCACAAUUAUUAAAAACUUCGUCGACGCCUGGUAUAGUCGAAUACGAAAAAGAAUAUGAUACAUUGGGAUGGGAAAAUCGAUUACUUGUUCCUCACUCAACAAAUUCACAUAAAACAACUAAUCAUGUUGAGUUUUCAUUAAGAGAAGCAAUGGAAGGAAGAAUUCCUCAACACCAACCUACCCAAAAGAUCGAAACUACACGAAUAAUUUCGGAUAGAGUGAAGAAUCUUCAUAAUGCAGCAGAGACGGAUCAUUUGGGCAAUGUAUUGCACAUUGCUCGUCUAAGCGAAAUUAUGAUAGAUAAAUCGGUAGAAGAACGUUCGUUAGAUGUACGGAAGGAAUUAACACAACUCAGAAACGCUGUAGAAGAAAACGAUAUAGUAAUCGUCGAGGAAACUCUUCUCACGGUUAUUGAAACUAUAUCUACAUGGUUAGAAACGAUCGAAUAUAGAAUUUUCCUAAAUAGAGAGUGUCCAAGUGAACUGUCUCACAACGAUGCGAAAACUUUUAUUGAGCUGAAAGAAGAAGUAGAUCAUGUAGCAGAGAACAUCCGAGAACUCAAUGACAUUUGGAAACUCGUUGAAGGCAAUUAUCCUAUCGAAGAACGUGUCUUAUUGAGAGAAUGCUUUGACGCGCUCGAACAACACAUGAAAGCCGUCGAACACGUGACAAAUACCAGCGAGAAAUGUACUAGUAAUCAUCUUGCCAAAUGGGAUGAAUUAUUGAAUGGUGUAAAUAAUAUGUACAGGUUAGUAGAAGAACAACGUAAGCAAUUGGAUAAUAUAAUCGAAUGUGAAGCUUCGACAAGAUGGAAACUUCAAGAACUUGAUAAGAUGGAGAACAUGAAUCGUUGUCACAUAUGGAAGACUAGGAAACUUCUUGCUACUUCGCACGAAUUACUCCGAGAUUAUCCUGGAAAGAUUAUUCCAGAGGAGACUUACUUAGCUCACGAAAUUACUAAAAUCAUCGAGAAUAGUAUAAGCAUAGAAAGAGAUCGACUUCUUCAAUUGCUCGCUUUAGCCGAAGAAUACGAACAAACAUUACAGGAAUUUUCACAAAUUAUUGAAAUUGCUGAGAAUUUGCUACAGAGUCCAAUAUCUGUGAUGAAUUUGGAACAUCUUCAAGAAGAAAUGCAAAAACAUAGGAAAUUCUUUGUUAAUUUGAAUCAUUGCCGUGCAAUUUUAGAAUCAUUGGAAGGCAAUCUGGAUCCAGAAACUAGAGCCAAACAUUCUAAUUUGCACGUAGAAUUACAUAGUCGUGCAUCUUCGUUGCUUGAUCAAGCUGCCUCUCGAGCACAACAAAUGGCAUUGGCAGCUACACGUUGGAUUCUUUUAGAGCAAGGUGUAAAAGAGGAAAAAGGGUGGCUUCAGGUAGCUCAUCAACGUGUUCCUGAUCUCCAAACGGUCACAUCUUCCGAUUAUGAUCAAUAUAUUUCUCUGUAUCAGUCUUUAUCUUCUGACGUUGCCACACAUCACGCCCGUAUCAUUCAACUAUUGGACGUUGCAAAUCGUCUAGAAGAAUUGGUGACUAUUGAAAAUUCUGAAGAUCGUUAUAACGGAGUCUUAGAUGUGAUCGUUAAACUUCAGGAUAGUAUAGAAUCCUCUUUAAGACGAUUGUUAUCAUUCCGAGAAAAUUGGAGUACUCAACAAACAUUAAUCAACCGUAUUGAGAAUUGGAUAAUAACAGCCGAGAAAGAACUAGUUCCUUUGAGUGAUACAUCAAGUGGAAACAUGCGUCGUUUUUGGGAAUUGAAAGCUCAAUAUGAAAUACACAACAACAUGCGCAACGAAGCAGAUAAGUGCUUUGACCAAGCCUUGAAGAUCAUUCCACUUUCGGACGAGAUGUUUCAAAGACAAUUUCACGGUGAAUUACAAUAUCGAUGGAAAGACGUGACGGAGAAAAUCAAUGAGAUUCAAUCGGAGAUUACGCGUAACAUUUCCUCCGAAGAUAUCUCUUCAAAGGACAGGUUGAAAAUAUUGGAAAGAGAAUUAAACGAAUUGAGAAUGUGUCUCGACGAUUUACACGGAGUAUUGAAGACGGAGGAAGAGCUUGAUCUUUACAUAGAAAGACUCACCGUUCUGUUCGACAGAGUUUCGUUGAUUCAAGAUAAACUAAGUCGCUUGGGUCUUUUAUCAGCGACAGAAAGUGAAACCGUUGGAAUUCUCUUAUCAUCAGCUCAUCGUAUAGAAAGUCAGAUAAGUGAGGAACUGGAUUCAGCUCAAUUACUUCGAGAAAAACUUCAAGCAUUAAAACGUGGCCUUGGACACGUUAGGAAAGCUCAUCAGAGGCAUUUCUUGACUUUGGAUCAAUGCGAAAAAAGCGAAAAGCAAGGAAGCAACGUUGUCUCAGCUGCUAUAGAUCGUUGCGAGUCGGUUUCGGACGAGCUAAUAGUUCUUUGGCACGAUCUUAUGGGUCUUCGGCAUUUGUUACAUAAGUUGCCAUCCGGUAUGAGAGUCAGUGUGUCACCUGUAAGCAUCGAACGCGAUAUCUCUGCUCUUCAGGAUGCCCACACUGAAUUAGAAUGUAGAUGUUCACGUUUACUAUCCACACUACGAAAUAGACUCGCAUUGUGGAAUCAUUUUGAAAAGCACUUGGAAAUGGUACAGCAAUCCGUUCAAGAAGCUGAUUACAUGAUGGAGCUCUUGACCGUUCAAGGUUCGGUGGAUUACGAUAGAUUACUUAAGGCUACCGAGCGACUCGAGGGAUUAAACGGUGAUUUCGGUGCACGCGAGGUGCUUAUUAGCGAGCUUCAUGCCGCUGCCGAACCUCUGCGGGAGAGUUGCGCUGCAGAGGUCCGUGAGAGGGUCGAAGCAGCGGUAAAUGAAGCUGUACGAGCUUGGGAGGACACGAAAGCCGAAUUGAAUGCCCUUUGUACAAAAUAUCAACACGCUUGCAACUUAUGGCAACAAUAUAGAGAUUCGAGCGCAGUAGUAAAAGCCUGGAUGGACACUCAAAUGGGUAGUGUAGCUAAUUUACCUCCGGAGGAGGCUAUCAAGCAAGUCAAGGUUUGCGAAGAAACCCUAGCAGAACACAAGGAAAGGCUGGCGGAAUUACGCGGUUUGGUAGCCCAGAUCGCAUCAGACGUCGGUUUAGACGCUGGCGGUCCGUUACACUGCGAGGUCGAAGCACUUGGUCGUCGACUCGAGGAUGUCCGUGAAACUUUGUCAACCCUCGCCGACACUGCCGACGUACGUGUCCUUAACCAAGAACUUACGCAUGUAGAUCUUUGUCAGACGAAGAAUUUCCUCGAUACAGUACAACAGAGUUUGACGACAGUCGGCCAAGAAGAAUCCAAUGAGCACUUAAAGCUACUCCGUAAUCAUCUGCUUGCGCUAACACGAACGGAGCCACAGCUCCAAUCUAUCAAAGAUAGAACUGUAACAAUGUCAACUCAAGAACCGUCAGUCGUCGAAAUCCUUCAGCAAUGGCAACGAGUAUUCAAAGAAACCUUCCAACAUUAUCACCGUCUUUCUAUCCGUUUGUUCAAAUCACAGGACGUAAUCGCGGUUCUGAAGUUGUGGCAAGAACAUUUAACUUAUGUGCAAGAGUUCUUAUCUAACCGCGUACCCGGUGAUUACAAUGGUUUGUCGGAGCAUAGAAAUCUUUGCGAGGUUUAUAGAAACCUUCUUACCGACCAACAAAAUCACCUAUUAACUGUUCAUGGAAAAGAAGGUAAAGAUCUCAACGUUACCGAACAGUUCAAUGCUCUAACAAAUCUUCACAAUGAAACAUUAGCAAAAAUCAUGGAAAGACACACCGCUGUACACGAUCGACUCUUAGCAUGGGACAAUUAUAGACGUGAUCAAAAUGAUCUCUUCGCCUGGUUAAAAGACAUUGAGAGAGAACGCAGUCGACUGCAAUUACGCUUCAUACACGUUCAUAGAUUGGAUAAGAUUCUCCAAAGAAUUCAAGCUCUGCUCGAAAAAGUUCCAUCGGGUGAAGUCCAAAUAGAGUCGCUUCAAAAACAACAAAUUCCUUUGCUUGUUGAUUGCGACGAGACUUUGGCCGUUUCAGUGCGCAUGGAACAUGCAGCAAACGUUGAACGUAUCGCCAAUUUACGUGCCGGUUUAGAGACUUGGAGAGAUUUCGUUGAGAGAGUACGAAAACUUCAUGAACAGCAUAUGGCACAGACUGACAGGAUCACGAACACACUACAAGAUAUCGGUCAGAUACUUAAUUCUGUCCUUCACUCGAUACCUGGUAAAUUAUCACAAACCAAAGAAAAUUUGCUUUUCCUUCAAGAAUUAAAAACUCGUCUAGUCGAUACUAGUAACGAAUUGGAAUCUUUAAAUGUACUUACUAAAAAGCUACGAGAAUGUCUUAGUCCUUCUGACAUGAAAUCAUUGAAUCAACACGUUGCACUUUUGUGGCAACAACAAGGAGACCUUGAUCAUCAGUUAGCUUUAGUCGAAUACAAGCUUGGCGAACGUUGUGGCCUACACAAUCGUUGGAUCGACAGACAAAGCAGAUUGUUGACUUGGAUUGAAGAUGCGGAAAUCAGAGUGAAAAAUUGGGAUAUGAUCCCUCUUGGUGAACCCGAAAAAGUACUAAAACGAUUCGAGUAUGAAUUACAGGCAGAAAUAGCUUUAAAACAGCGAGAAUUCGAGUGGGUGCAAAAAACUGGUCAAGAAUUAAUCGAUGCGACCGAUGAUACUGAGAAAGCUAAAGUGCAAAAUGGAUUGGACGAAGUGAACGAAAAAUGGUGUAGAUUACUUACGAGUGGAAAAGUUCGAGCAAAUAAAUUACACGAUUUAAUACAAUCAAUAAGCACUCUCGAAAAAAAAUUAAUAGAGCAAAGAAGUUGGAUGACCGGUAUCGAAGCGCAACUUUCUGAAAAUUUCAUCAUCGAAACUGUGAGCCAAAGCUGUAUUGAUAAGAAAUUAGAGGACCAUGAAUAUAUUCAAAAAGCAAUUCAAACGGAAGGUGCCAAAAUCGGAGAAGUAUUGAAUCUUUGUGAAAUAUUACUACACGAUUCCGACAUAUGGAAAACAUCUCUGAAUACCGACACGAUAAAGAACGGUAUGGAAGGUCUUCAACGACGAUGGAAAACCACGUGUGUUAGAUCGGCUGAACGUAAGCAAGAAAUCAUUUUGGCCUGGAAGUUACUUCGUGAGAUGAAUAAUAUUAGAACAGAACACGAAGGCUGGAUCACUCAAACAGAAAGUGCACUUACGAAUUUUGAGAAAGAAAUGAAUGAAAUUACUAAAAAGGAUACGAAGGAAAUGCUUGAAAGAUUGAAAGUGAUAAUGAAAGAUAUUGAAGCACAUGAACCAGCUUUGAAGAUUCUUGAACAAAAUUUUGGACGACUUGCAAAAGUCAGAUUGGAACCUGAAAAUUUAAGAUCGCUUACAGCUGAAAGUCGUAAAACUAUAGACCGAUGGCUUCAAUUUAGUAGUAGGACAAAUUCCAUAAUCGCAGCGAUAGAACGCGAACAAAUGGAUUAUCACGAAUUUAGUUUAGCUCAUGGUGCUGCGUUAGUUAGUCUGACACAAAUUGAUAUUCGAUUGACUCAACUGCAACAUUUGCUUACUCCUGAACAACGAACAUCACCACGUGGUAGGAUGCAACGGUUAUCUGAAAUCGAAAAAGAAUUGAACGCCCAAAACGUUCUACUGCAAAAAGCUGAUAAAUUAGCACUCGAAAUAAUGCAGGAGAGUCAUCCGGAUGAUGUGACUAGUAUACAAGAACUCGUGGACGAAUAUCAGUCUUUAUGGAAAGAAAUUAAAAUGCGAGUUACUACUUUAAGAACCGAAUUAGAAUCUCAGGAAAAAUCUGAAGUAGACGAAGCUAUUCAGGUUGAAACUUUGAAAUUUGAACAAGACACGGCUGUUCAAGUGAACACUUUGCCUAGAUUAAUUAGAAUGACAUCUUGCGACGCGUAUAUGUUGGAAUUGAAAACAGCUCUCACAGAGUGCCAUCAUUCUUUGGACGCAUUAGAAACAACUAUCGCACCAGAACCUGUAUCUGGACCGAGCCUGAAUACAACAACUAAAACUAUUGCAAAAUUGAUUGGAUGUUGUCAAUCAUCUAUAGAAUUAGUGCGUCAUCUCCAUACUUUACUCAUGGAAGAUACAAAAUUCAAUGUAGAAACAACAAUAAGCGAGGAAGUGCAAACUGUGAUAUCUCGAUACGAAGCUCUUCUUUUACUCGCUAGAACACGUGAACAACAAAUAAGGGAACUCAGGUCUCCCAUUACAGACGCUUAUUCAUUCCCAUGUAACCACGAUAGUGAUAGGCUAACAUGUCCUCUUUGCUCUCGACGUAACUGGACUCAGUUGGAUAAUGAUCUCUGGCGUCUAGAAAAAUGGUUAGAAUUUGCUGAAGGUACUCAAAGUGAACAAAACUCGCCACCAAGUAAUAUCGAGGACCUGGAAUAUAUUAUUCAAGAACAUAGAGAAUUUCUUCAGCACCUUGACAGUCACAAAAGCAUUGUCGUUAGUUUGAACAUUGUAGGUGUUCAUUUGGCUGAACAUACAGAAGACACUAGCCGCGCAACAGAAUUACGUAAUCGAUUAACUGAUGCAAAUACAAGAUGGGACAAAGUAUGUCUGUCAGCUGAAAAAUGGCAAGAACAAUUGCGGCGUGCACUUAUUUCGAAUCACCAAUUCCAUCGUAUCAUCGAAGAGUUGUUCAGUUGGCUCGAAAAGACAGAAAUUGUAAUUAGAACAAGUGAACCAAUCGAUCUCUCCGAAGCUACCGAUAUUCUGGAAACAAAAUAUAACAAAUUCAGGGAAUUACGAAGUGACCUUGAGCGCUGUGAACCGCGUGUUUUAUCUCUCCAAGAAUCUGCCAAUCAACUACUAAAUGAACAGGGAGGAGUGAGAGCUCGACUACAAGAACUUCGAUUAAAACUACAAUCGUUACGUCGACUGACAGGCAUCUACUCAUUGAAAUUAGGAGCAGCUUUAGGAUUGGAUCCACGUGAUAUUGGACUCGUUGCUACGUCCUCCUCAUUAGCCGCUCUUUCUCGCGAUCUACUCGAUGAAGCUGCCUCUGGGUCCUCUCAGCCACACACAACAGCUGCCACAGAUGGUGAUGAAAGACAUCAAAUAGUACCAAGACAAGGAUAUAGUUUUCUAGGAAGAGUUUUGCGUGUUUCUCUUCCAAUACAAGCAUUAAUGCUGUUGCUACUUGGUGUAACUUCAUUGAUACCAUCAACAGAAGAAGAUUACAAUUGCAUGCUCUCUAACAAUCUUGCUCGAAGUUUCACUCUAAUGGUCUAUCAUCCAAAUGGACCGCCGCCUUUGUAACAAAAACAGAAUGUCUUCACUUUAUUUAUGUCUAUUGGUAAAAACUACUGCAUUGAUAAAAAGCAUUGAAUAUAAGAUUUAACGACUGUAACACGCGAAAUGCUUAAAUAUAAAUGAAUAUACAACAUA